CCACCAAAAUUCAGAUUUAUUUUCUCCCAAGACUCCAUUUAGUAAUUCAGUGAUUGUCGGUUAUAUUGCUCUUUCGCAUAAGCUGAAUCGCUGCUAUCAGUUUUAGCUAUUUCCAGCAUCAAUUGAUAAUUGCGCUCUUUCAGCUACUUCCUCCUCAGCAAGCUCUUGAUGGCUCGGCAAUCUUUGUGGGAAAAUUGAAUCCAUGUGAGUAGAAGUGAAGAACGAAUAUGAAGCAUAGAGAACCACCGAAAUUUCCUUGCUUAGAGCCAGAGGUAGACAGAAUCAGCAGCUUACCAGGGCAUGUUUUGGACCAGAUUUUAUCGCAGCUGUCAAUUAGAGAUGCAGUGAGAACAAGUGCUUUAUCAAGUAAAUGGAGGUAUAAAUGGGCUAAAAUUCCGCAGCUUGUGUUUGAUAGUAAUUGUGUCCCUAAUCCCUCACAAGAUCAAACUCUCAUAAAAAACAAGCUUGUCAACAUUGUUGAUCAUGUCCUCUUACUUCAUACUGGCCCGAUACACAAGUUCAAACUUUCUCACCGAGAUAUUCUAGGUGUUAGUGACAUUGAUAGAUGGAUUCUUCAUUUAUCAAGAAGCUCUAUCAAAGAAUUCAUACUUGAAAUAUGGAAGGGGCAGCGCUACAAAGUACCAUCUUCUUUGUUCUCUUGUGAACAUCUUAUUCAUUUGGAGCUAUUCAAUUGCUUGCUAAAACCUCCUUUAUCAUUCAAAGGAUUCCGGAAUUUAAAGAGCCUUGACCUUCAGCACAUUACCCUGACUCAGCAUGUAUUUGAAAAUCUAAUUCUUAGCUGCCCUCUGCUUGAGAGAUUGACAUUGAUGAACUUUGAUGGUUUCACUCACCUUAAUAUCAAUGCUACAAAUCUUCAAUUUUUCGACAUCGGAGGUGUUUAUGAUGAAGUCAGUUUUGAGAAUACCUUUCAGUUAACUCUCAUCUCCAUUGGCUUGUAUGUAAAUGUAAAAAAUGACCGAAAUGCGGUUCAUGGGAAUUCUAGUAAAUUGCUCAGGUUCUUUGCUAAUCUACCUCAUAUACGAAGGCUCGAGAUUCAGAGUUUAUUUCUAAAGUAUCUGGCUAUUGGCAACAUACCUAGCAGAUUGCCAAGACCAUGCAUUGAUCUGAAUUACCUUUCUAUACGCAUAAAUUUCAAUGAUAUGGAGGAAAAUUCUGCUGCCCUGUGUAUUUUAAGAAGUUCUCCUAAUGUGCAAGAACUGGAGAUGCUGGCACGCCCAGAGGAGCAGGCUUCUGUGGGAGCAAUAUCUAACUUUUGGGAGGAUGACCACUGGAACAGUCUAUUUGGCCAACUACGACUUGUGAAGAUAGUUGGUAUUAGUGGUGUGAAAUCUGAACUUGAUUUCAUUAACUUUCUGCUUUCAAACUCUCCUGUUCUUGAAAGAAUGACUGUUAGGCCAGCUACCAAUGAUGGAGGAUUUGAGUUGCUAAAAGAACUGCUGCGUUUCCGGCGAGCCUCAGUGAGAGCAGAAAUCAUUUAUCUUGAUCCGUAGGUAUUAUCUGAUUGCCUUGGCAACCUUGAAAAAUGCAUAACAUGUAAAAAAGUAAGCAAACUUCUUCUGAGUACAUUCAUAUUUUGCUUCAGACAAUUUGCCAUUUUGCAGUUGAUCAUGCGGGAACAUAUGAUUGAACUAACGGUCUUUUAUAAUGAAUGAUCCUUACUAGUAUUAACUAAA